UAUAACUUCAGGGCAAAGCUACUGAGAGCUUAGAGCGACUUAGGCUGCGUGCAAGAUAGUAGGAAACCAGGCGCUUGGAAACAUGUCUGGGAAACCCAAGCUCCACUACUUCAAUGGACGAGGCCGAAUGGAAUCAAUUCGGUGGCUACUAGCAGCGGCUGGAGUUGAGUUUGACGAAUGUUUUCUGGAAACAAGGGAUGACCUGCUAAAGUUACAGGAGAGUGGAGCCCUGCUGUUUCAGCAAGUGCCCAUGGUGGAGAUUGAUGGGAUGAAGCUGGUGCAGACUCGAGCUAUUGGCAGCUAUAUAGCAGCAAAGUACAACCUCUAUGGGAAGGACCUGAAGGAGAGAGCCCUAAUCGAUAUGUAUGUGGAAGCAUUAACAGAUCUGGAUGAGUUACUCAUGCACUAUGCUUUCCAACCAGCUGAUAAAAAGGAGCAAUAUCUCGCUAAUACUGUGGACAAGGCCACAAACAGAUACUUCCCAGUCUUUGAGAAGGUUUUGAAGGACCAUGGACAAGACUUUCUUGUCUGGAGACCUCUUCUGGAGAAAGAGAAGUGCAAGGAGCAAAGGAAGAGCCAGCUAUUCAGAGGGAUUUUGCAGAGCAGUUUCAUCAGUGGGCACGCCGUCCCCAGCCUUCAGCCAAGCCGUGCAAGAGCUCCUGGCACGCUGGCAACCAGCCGGCGGCUUGGCACCGUCGCCCUCAGGCCAGCACGCGCUGGCGCCGGGACGGCUCCCUCUCCUCUCCCCAGGUCACGUAAUGCCCCCGAGCGCUAG